CGAUUGGAAAAAUAAAAGGAUAAUUAAUGGCAUUAAGUCCGAAGUUCGCAUACACAGUGGUGUACGUGAAAGACGUGGGCAAUUCCAUCGCAUUCUACGCCAAGGCCUUCGGCUACCAAGUCCGCCGCCUUGAUCAAUCUCACAGAUGGGGGGAGGUGGAGAGCGGGCAGACAACCAUAGCCUUCACGCCAGCUAAGCAGCACGAGACAGAACUGACGGGGCCAGUGAGGGCGGAUCGGGACAGGAUUGAGCUCUGCUUCGACUAUGACGAUGUGGAUGCUGCAUACAAGAGGGCGGUGGAGAAUGGGGCGGAGGGUGUGAGGGAGCCGGAGGAGAAAGAGUGGGGACAGAAAGUGGGUUACGUGCGGGAUAUUGACGGAAUCGUCGUCAGGAUGGGAAGCCACAUUGAUUCACUUGAUCAAGUAGAACCAUUCUUAGGUCAUCCACGACUUAACCGGCGAGAAUGCGCACCCUCGGCGUGGUUUCACACACAACAAGCAGCCGUCGCCGAACCGCCAUCGCCGUCGGGUCGCUCCGCAGUUCGCCGCUUCAUAGCGGCCAUCGCCGUCGGGUCAGUUCGCCGCUUCAUAGCGGCCAUCGCCAUCGGGUCGCUCCGCAGUUCGCCGCUUCAUAGCAUCGUCUUCCUCCGUCGUCGGCUCGGCGGUUCAGCAGACGCGACUCCUCGUCUUCCUCCGUCGUCGGCUUGCCGCCUCAUCUAUGUCAGUCGGCUCGACGCCUCGUCUCCGUCCACAAGCACAUAUUUUCGUAUCCGUCCAUCAACGCGCCGCAACGCCGACGUCCACCGUCGUCCACCGCCGCGUCGCUUCAAUUCCGUCGGCCGCCGAUCAAAGGAGGAAGACGCCUCUGAUCUCCUGUGCGUGCAUCAUGAGAGUUGGUGGUGUGUGUAG